AUGGAAUGCAACACUGUCCAUGUCCACGAAAACUGUUUGUUGGUCAGCAGCCUGGAAAUUCCCGAAGAGGUAGCUCGUGGCCUUGAAUCCCAAGUUGCGCAUUCCUUGACGAGGCGUUUCAAUGUUGAUUCGCUCGAAUCAGCGACACACUAUAAGAGUUACUGCGCCGGUGAUCAGGGUGGAGAUGAGCACGACAUAAUCUGGAAUUUUAGGUCUCGGCGACUCAGUUACCGUUCCACAGGCUGGGCCGUCAGGAGGACCAGGUUCAACCACCGUGGUCGCGGCAACAUUGCCGCCUUCCCUCACAUUCUAGCAGAAUUACCCCUGCAGCUUGUUCGGAAACUUGUGCUGCGGCCAUGGGAGUUUAAUUCAUCGAAAAACCGGCUCGCUUUCCAAGGCGACCUAAUUCGUGAACAUUUUACCAGAAGAGCACUUCGCAAUCAGAAUGUCACGAAGUCCAAGUCAUGGAUCUAUGUUGAAAGAGGCAUAACCGAAUUUUAA